UGGUCACCGAAUUCUUUCUUGCCUUCCUUGACGUAAACAAAAUUUGCUAGUACUGGGUCGCUGUGAAUUUCGUCGAACUAACAACCACUCCCAUCCGCCAUGCCGACGUGGGUCGGAAUCGAAGACGGAUCAGCCCAAGCCUCGAAGGUGUGGCUUGCCCGCCAAGGUGAUCAUCAACAGCAGCAGGAGGAUUGGUGGAAGCCCUUACGCAAAUUGGAUUGCGAGGCUUUGAACGUUUCGCCCGAGAAGCCUAUUUAUAUAGAAGAAGGUCGAUGCACCGCCGACCCGGUUAGCGGUAUCGUCUUUUACAACUUUUUCCGGGGCCACCAGAGACAAUUGUGUUCGGCUAUUUGGUUCCUUCGGGAAGAAACCUCCAACAAGGACUUUCGGCUUGUGCCUAUCACCAAUGAUACGGACUCAGCAGCCAUUGAAGCACUCUAUCGAGCUGCCGUUCAAGCGACGUCUUCAUUAGGAAAAGGUAUCGCGAGUGUUCUUGAUCAGAGAGUCGACUUGGAACAAGGAAACGCCAAGGUUAAAGUUGUGCAAACCGGAAAUACUCUCACUAUGAAGCAGUUCCCGAGCAACAGCUGGUUCAUUGGUGGUGGCCAAGACCUUCAGCGAGGAUACGGUCCUUAUGUAGUUGAAGGGGAAGAAGACGAGACAGUAUUGGGACCUGUCCGUCAUCCAGUUUUUGUCGUGCACGGGAUUGGAGAGGCCUUCUUUGCGCGGGACGAUGUAAAGAUACCCUCCUUGAUUAACCAGAUGAACGCGACACGUAUCCACGUGCAACAAAAACAAGUCUUGUUGUGGAAAAUCGCGUGCCAAAAGGCCAAAAAGACUGGCCAAGCGCUACCACAUCCUCCAAAUCGGAUUGAGUUUAUACCCAUUGAAUGGUUCAAUCGCCUGCACGACAGCAGUACAGCACUAAUGAAGUCGCUUAAAGCCACAACACUGCAAUCUAUUCCUGCGUUACGAGCUAUUGCGAACGAUGUAAUUUUUGACGUGCUUAUGUACCUGACACCCAACUUUUGUGAAUCUGUUUUGGAAUGCGUCACGACGCAAGUCAACGAACUGUACGGGGCCUUUGCCAAGGUGCAUCCUGGUUUUUUGCCACACGGUGGCAAAUGCUCCUUUAUUGGGCACUCCCUGGGGUCAGUGAUCGUUUGGGACUUACUGUCGAUACUAAAGGAUCGCGACGAAGCCAAAGCCGGAACAACGGCUUCGAUGAAUACACAAGGUGUAGCAAUCGCAUCCCCGGAAAAAGGAGGGUCUGACUUGGGAUAUCAAGCGUAUGCCAAAGAGACGGGGGCGAACCAAGCCUGUAACGGUACUUGGGGUCCAUCAUUAACCAAACCUAUGACCCGCACGAUUCCUUUUAUACCCGAGUGUACCGUGUUCCUGGGGUCACCACUGGGGAUGUUCUUGACAUUGCGAGGUGCUCACGCUGUGUUCGACGAGUUACGCGACGUCGCCAUCAAACAGGCCACUCACCGGGUAGGGGAAGGAAAAAGUGGUAACGACGAGCACGUAGAUGUCCCGGUCACAUCUCCGUUCUCACUACCGACUGGACGCUUGUACAAUAUUUUCAAUCCAAGCGAUCCGGUGGCCUAUCGGAUCGAACCCUUGUUGCUACCGCAAGAUCUGGACUCGGCGGAGUUGCCGGCGCCGCGUUACUUGACAGCGCCUGGAAAGGACUUGAAGUUCCACGUCAAGGCUAAACAGAUUACUGAUGAUCUCCGCAAAUCAAUUAUGGAUCAAAAGAUGGUGUGGGGCUCAUUGAUUGAAUCCGCGGUUUCCGCUUUGUCCACCGACGUGGCAACGACCAAAGCAGCUGGGUUAGCCAAACCUCAUAUCCACGGCGGAGCUUUGAACUUUCCUUUAGGCGGCAAAAGUGAUCGGGUUGAUUAUUCCUUUCAACCGGCCGUAAUUGACAACGAAUACAUUAGCUCCGUUUUGGCUCAUUCGACGGCCACAUAUUUCGGGAACA